AUGGCCACGUUAGCUUUGUUGCUAUUGCUAGCUUCAUAUGUCAAAGCUCAAGCUAGCCUUUUUGAUAUAAGAAAAUAUGGUGUAGUACCUAAUGGAGAUAUAACCAUGGCUUUGCAAAAAGCUUGGAGGGAUGCAUGUGUAUCAACAACUCCAAGCAAAGUUGUGAUUCCUAGCAAUAAAUACAAAUUGAGACAAAUAGACUUUAUGAGACCUUGCAAGGCUCCUAUUGAGAUCCUGGUUAAUGGGAUAAUUAAAGCUCCCAAAAAUCCAUUCGACGUUAGUGGUCAAAAUCAAUGGGUUAGAUUUGGAUAUAUUAAUUUCUUAACAUUAUCUGGCAAUGGAACUUUUCACGGUCGAGGCAAAAUGGCUUGGAAACAAAAUAACUGUUCAACAAACAAGAACUGCAAGAAGCUCGCCAUGAAUUUUGGCUUUGGUUUUGUCAAUAAUUCAGUAAUUCAUGACAUAACUUCAAAGGAUAGCAAAUAUUUUCAUGUGAAUGUUUUUGGAUGCAAGAACAUUUCAUUUACAAACUUCAGAGUUAGUUCACCUGCAUAUAGUCCUAAUACAGAUGGAAUUCACAUUGGAAAAUCAACUCAAGUGAAGAUUACUAACUCAAAAAUUGGCACCGGUGAUGAUUGCAUAUCUCUAGGUGAUGGGAGCAAAGAAGUCACUAUCCUAAAUGUAACAUGUGGACCUGAACAUGGUAUUAGUGUUGGAAGCUUAGGAAAAUAUUCAAAUGAAGAUUCUGUAGAAGAUGUUAUUGUCAAGAAUUGUACACUAAAAAACACAAACAAUGGUCUAAGGAUCAAAACUUGGCCUGGUACUGCAAUAAUUUCUCUUGCGUCUGAUUUGCAUUUUGAAGAUAUCACAAUGAUUAAUGUCAGCAACCCUAUAAUUAUCGAUCAAGAGUACUGCCCAUGGAAUCAAUGCUCAAAACAGAGUCCAUCAAAAAUAAAGAUAAGCAAAGUCACUUUCAAAAACAUUAGAGGAACUUCUGCAACUCAAGAAGGAAUUACUCUUGUCUGUAGCAGUGGUAUUCCGUGUGAAACCGUGGAGCUCAGUGACAUAAAUCUAAGAUUUAAUGGAACUACUCUAGUAACUGCGAAAUGUGCAAAUGUCAAGCCCAAAAUUGGAAGGAAAGCACCCAUAUGUGCAACUUAGAUGGAAGCAAGCUAGAGUUUUCUUUGUUUAGCCUACCAUUUAAUUUGA